AUGCCCAGGAACAGGGCUUUUUCAGAGCCCGAGUGCUCGGCCGAGUACUCCGCCGACUACUCGGUGAGCCUGCCGUCGGACCCCGAGCAUGGCGUGGGUCGGACCCACGAGGUGACGGUACGCAGCUCAGGACCCUGCCUCUGCCUACCCCGCUUCAUGCGCCUCACCUUUGCUCCCGAGUCCCUGGAGAACCUCUACCAGACCUAUUUCCGCCGCCAACGCCACGAGACCCUCCUGGUGCUGGUGGUCUUCGCCGCCCUCUUCGACUGCUACGUCCUCGUCAUGUGCGCCGUGGUCUACACCGCCGACAAGCUGGCCCCGGUGCUGGCGGCGGCGGCUGGGCUGGUCGCCCACAUGCUGCUCUUCGUCCUCUGCAAGUACAGGCUGCUCCCCGAGCGGGUGGCCCGCAGGUUCCUGCCCUACGUCCUCUGGGUCCUCAUCUUGGCCCAGAUCUUCUGCUACCUGGGUCUCAACUUCUCCCGCUCGCCCGAGGCCAGCGACACGGUGGGCUGGCAGGCUUUCUUCGUCUUCUCCUUCUUCAUCACCCUGCCGCUGCGCUUGGCGCCCAUCGUGUUCAUCACCGCCGUCUCCUGCAGCAUUCACACGCUGGUGCUCGGUGUCACCGUCGCCCAGCAGCGGCAGGAUGCCCUGGACGAGGGCGCGCUGCUGAGACAGAUCCUGUCCAACGUUGCCAUCUACCUUUGCGCCAUCACGGUGGGCACCAUGUCCUACUACAUGGCCGACCGCAAGCACCGCAAAGCUUUCCUCGAAGCGCGCCAGUCCCUCGAGGUCAAGCUCAACCUGGAGGAGCAGAGCCAGCAGCAGGAGCGGCUGAUGCUCUCCAUCCUGCCCAAGCACGUGGCCGAUGAGAUGCUGAAGGACAUGAAGAAGGACCCGAGCCAGAAGGAAAUGCAGCAGUUCAACACCAUGUACAUGUACCGCCACGAGAACGUCAGGCGGGUGCACAUCUCGCAGAGCACCAUGGAUUGCCUGAAGGGCGAGUUCGAGGAGGAGCCGGGUGAAGGUGGCUCACGCUGCGAGUACCUGAAGGAGAAGGGCAUCGUCACCUACCUCGUCGUGGUCCCCAAGCAGCCCCUGCGCAACGGCAUCAAUGGGGUGAAGCUGUCGCUGACCUCGUCCCAUGGUGGCUCCCCACCGUUGGUCAACACCAAGGAGCGCAACGGCAGCCUCAGCCUGGCCUGCGCCAGCCCCGAGGAGCCCGAGGAGCCCGACGCCAGGGUGAGGGGCGCCCUGGAGAGCGGGGAGGAGGAUGGAGAGGCGGUGAACCCCUCCUUCCCCAACCCGCGGCGGCGGUUGCGGCUGCGGGACUUGGCUGAGCGGGUGAUCGACGCCUCGCAGAAUGAGCAGGAGCUCAACAAGCUGCUCAAUGAAGCCUUGCUGGAACGCGAGUCCGUCCAGGCGCUGAAGGGGAAGAGCACCUUCCGGCUCUCCAUGCGCUUCAUCGACCCCGAGAUGGAGACGCGCUACUCGGUGGAGAAGGAGAAGCAGAGCGGGGCUGCCUUCAGCUGCUCCUGCGUUGUCCUCUUCUUCACUGCCUUGGUGGAGGUCUUCAUCGACCCCUGGUUGGUGGCCAACUAUGUGACCUUCAUGGUGGGGGAGAUCCUGCUGCUCAUCCUCACCCUCUGCUCGUUGGCUGCCAUCUUCCCUCGGGUCUUCCCCAAAAAGCUCGUGGCCUUCUCCACCUGGAUCGACAGGACCCGCUGGGCGCGCAACACCUGGGCCAUGGCUGCCAUCAUCAUCGUCACCAUGGCCGACAUUGUGGACAUGCUCAGCUGCCGGCAGGACCACGGCGGGAUGGGCAACGGGACGGUGGGGCCACCGUGGCCGGGCGGCUGCGGGGAUCAGCCCAAGUACUACAGCUACAUCGCCCUGCUGGCCUUGGUGGCCACCAUCAUGCUGGUGCAGGUCAGCCACAUGGUCAAGCUGACCCUCAUGGUGCUGAUCACCGGGGCCACCGGCGCCGUCAACAUCUACGCCUGGGAGCACAUCUUCGACCAGUACGACCGCCACCGUGGCCAGCAAAGCACGUCCUCGCUGGUCCCCUCCAAGUACUCCAUGACGGCGAUGAUCUUCAUCGUGAUGCUCAGCUUCUACUACUUCUCUCGCCACGUGGAGAAGCUGGCCAGGACCCUCUUCCUCUGGAAGAUCGAUGUCCAUGACCAGAAGGAGCGGGUCUACGAGAUGCGGCGCUGGAACGAGGCCCUUGUCACCAACAUGCUGCCCGAGCACGUGGCCCGGCACUUCCUGGGCUCCAAGAAGCGGGACGAGGAGCUGUACAGCCAGUCCUACGACGAGAUCGGCGUCAUGUUCGCCUCCCUCCCCAACUUUGCGGACUUCUACACGGAGGAGAGCAUCAACAACGGGGGCAUUGAGUGCCUGCGGUUCCUCAACGAGAUCAUCUCCGACUUCGACGCGCUCCUGGAUGAACCCCAAUUCCGGUGCAUCACCAAAAUCAAAACCAUCGGCAGCACCUACAUGGCCGCUUCUGGAGUGACCCCCGAUGCCAACGCCAACGGCUACAGCACCAAGAAGGAGACCCUCUCAGAUAAGGAGCGCUGGCAGCACUUGGCCGACCUGGCUGACUUUGCCUUAGCCAUGAAGGUGACGCUGAUGAACAUCAACUACCAGUCCUUCAACAACUUCAUGCUCCGCAUAGGCAUGAACAAGGGGGCCGUGCUGGCGGGCGUCAUCGGCGCCCCCCAGCCCCCCCGCAUCUGGGGCAACACGGUGAACGUGGCCAGCAGGAUGGAGUCCACCGGCGUGAUGGGGAACAUACAGGUGGUGGAGGAGACCCACCUCAUCCUGAAGGAGUACGGCUUCCGCUUCGUGCGCCGGGGAGCCAUCUACGUCAAGGGCAAAGGGGAGCUGCUCACCUUCUUCCUCAAGGGCCGGGAGAAGCAGGGCUCCUUCGUCAACGGCUCCUCCGUCACCCUGCCCCAUCAGGUGGUGGACAGCUCCUGA